AUGACUCGUACCCUCCCUCUUUUUACCCAUUUCGCUGGCAAUUAAGUCCGUUACACUUGAUUUGCUGCGAAGCCUUCCGACCGAAUCCACUCCUCGGUUGCUCUCGGUCGACUGCCGCCGCCCAGCCGACUCGACCUUCCCAUCGGCCUGGUCAGCUAUUUCUUGGAUCGUUUGCCCUUCCUCUUUUGUCCGACCUCGUUGGCCACCAUAGUCCGGUACACUGGACUUGCUGCGAGCCUUGCAGCCGCGUAUCCUCCGCGGUUGCCUCUCGGUCGACUUCCGCCGCCCAGCCGACUCGACCUUCCCACCGGCCUGGUCAGCUAUUUCUUGGAUCGUUUGCCCUCCCUCUUCUGUCCGACCUCGUUGGCUACCAUAGUUCGGUACACUGGACUUGCUGCGAGCCUUGCAGCCGCGUAUCCUCCGCGGUUGCCUCUCGGUCGACUGCCGCCGCCUCGGUCGACACCCCCUUCGCUCCUUCGCGCUUUCGCGCGCUCUCUCGCUCUCUCCCUCGUCUCUCGCGUGUAGUCAUCGUCAUCCCCUCCGACGUUGCCUGUCAGCAUUCGUCGCCAAGACUGGACACCCGAUCACGCUCCGUGGUGUUCUUCACACGCCUGGCCUACACGUCAACCUCCUCUCUGUCUCUCGCCUCUGCGACACCGACCGCGUUCGUCUCGCCUUCACCAGCGACGGCAUCGACAUCGCCAAGGACGGCCGGGCCAUUGCUCACGGUACCAGGGUCAACGACGGUCUUUACCUUUUGGACGCGGAUCACACCAAGUGUCAGCAUCUUGCCUUCCUCUCACGCUCUGAGUCUCCCGUGCCCCUGCUUACCCUACACCGCUGCCUCGGCCAUCUUGCCCCAUCCUCUAUACAGAAGAUGAUUGCUGCAGGUUUGCUGGACGGGUUUGGGGCCGGGUACAGUGACAAAGACGUAGAGGAGUUUGUUUGCAAUGCUUGCCUUGGUUCCAAAGGUCACCGCCUUCCCUUUCCCGACUCUGAGUCGCAUUCCGCCGAGAGACUUGGCCUCGUGCACAGCGACGUCCUGUCGUUCCCCACUCCGUCCUUGACCGGGAAGCGCUACCUUGUCACGUUUCUAGACGACCACUCUCGCAAACUCUGGGCAUAUGCGAUCGAUCACAAAAGCGAUGUUUUCCCGACCUUCCAGACUUGGCUCGCCGAAGUGGAGUUAGAGACGAACGCGCGGUUGAGGAUCCUUCGAACCGACAAUGGCGGGGAGUACCGAUCAAACGCAUUCACGGAGUUCUGCAAAUCCAAGGGCAUUCGUCGUCAAUACUCUAUCCCUUACACGCCUCAACAAAACGGUCGCGCCGAACGUGUCAACCUCUCCAUCGUCGAGGGCGUCCUCGCUCUCCUUGCGGACGCCCGUCUGCCGGCCACCUUUUGGGAUGAAGCGGCUGCGUAUUUCGUUUAUUGCAAAAACAGGUGCUCACACUCAGCUUUGGCCAAACAGACUCCAGAAUCCGUUUGGAACGGCCAACGCACCACCGCCACCGCCCUCCACCCGUUCGGCUGCACAGCCUGGCUCACGGUCGCCCCGGACCUUCGCAGCAAGCUCGACCCCAAGGCCGCGCGCGUGAUCUUCACAGGUUACGACCUCGCCUCCAAAGCUUUCCGUUUCUUUGACCAUUCCAUCAACAAGAUUGUACUUGGUCGCAAUGCCACCUUCCUCGACGACGACUUCCCCGGCCUGCCAGUCACCACGCCCGUCGAUGCAGACGACACCGACCGUCAGUUCGUCGUUCCCGCCGACACGCCCGCCCCUGCCGUCAAGACGAGGACCCCACUAGUAAGGUCGGCGCACAUGGACGUCUCAUCCUCCCUUGAUGAUUCUGCCAUGAGCGCCGUUGACGUGGCCCCAGGGUACACUGGCGGAACCUUACUUAAUUCCACAGAUACCGAAUCGUCCUCGUCACCGUCUCCUGAGCCGUCCUCGUCACCGUCGCCCACAAACCCUUUGUCACCGUCGCCUGCGCUGUCACCGUCGUUGGCAGCGUCAUCGUCACCCUCGGUCUCACCGACCGACUCUGACUACUCCGCCGACCCUCUGGACCUCAUCGGCUCACAGACCCCGACUCGCCUUGGCCCACCGGACGUGCACCGCCCAGACUUCAGCACGUACCGUGAGCCCGCAUCGGCUGAGGAGUCGCCCGACGAACUCGACAUCAUUGGGCGUCACUCGCGCGAUGAAUCGCCGGAUGAAAUCGAUUUCCUCACCCAACACCACCGCGCCUUCAUCGCCACAGACGACGACGACCCCACCCUCUAUGAAAGAACAAUAUACCACUGCACCAAAAGGCGAGGCACCUCUACUUCAGUGAGCGCAUAUUGUCCUAGAAGUGAGAUGGAGCGAAGUUCAACACCCCCCUGUGCGCGAAGCUGAAGAGCUUGUGGCAGUGGGUGCGGCUGUGAGGCAACUGGGCAUGUUGAUCAGGUCGCUUGGGCAAGUGCAGCUUGGGCACUGUGAGCACUGUCGAUGCGCCAGGGUGCUUGGCACGCCGCUGGGCAAGUGCGGGGGCCGGGACGCUGAGUGUAUGCGCGCAAAAUUGCCUGACCCCAGGGGGGAUUGAACUCAUGACCUGCUGGUUGCUCUGGGCUCAUAACCUAUGAAGGAACAAUAUACCACUGCACCAAAAGGCGAGGCACCUCUACUUCAGUGAGCGCAUAUUGUCCUAGAAGUGAGAUGGAGCGAAGUUCAACACCCUCGACGCCAUCGAGCCCGUCAAAUCGAUCACUAGCGACCCCCAGACCUGGCGCGAAGCAAUGUCCAGCGACGAGCACAACAUCUGGGCUGAGGCCGCCGCCGCCGAGUUCACCGCCAUGCGCGACGACUUCAAGGUGUUCACCAUCGAGCCUCGCUCAUCUGUACCGCCGGGCGCCACCAUCGUCACCUCCAAAUUCGUCUGGAAGACCAAGCGCAACGCAAGCGGUGAAGUCACGGGGCGGAAGGCACGUCUUGUAGCGCAGGGUAACCGACAGCGCGACGGCAUCGACUUCUCAGAAACCUUCGCACCCGUCGCCCGUUUCUCCUCCAUUCGCUGCCUCCUGGCUCUUGCCGCUGCCAAUGGCUACCACGUUCAUCAGGCCGACAUCGACAAGGCUUACCUCCACGGCGAGCUCGAUCAUGAUAUCUGGAUGACGACACCACGCGGUUUCGACUUCCCGAGCGAUAAGGUUCUCCGGCUGCGACGCUCAAUCUACGGUCUCAAGCAGGCCGGUCGCAUCUGGAAUCGUCACAUUGACACAUCACUCAGGAAUCUGGGGUACAAGGCAACAGGCACUGAUCACUGCAUUUACUCUCGCAUUGACGAUCAGCAGCGGCCUCACUAUAUCGCCUUGUAUGUCGACGACCUCCUCAUUGUCAGUCCAGCCCUCGACGAGAUCGAAUGUGUCAUCUCCGGCCUUGAACAGCGGUACGGCGUCAAACGACUCGGCCCCGCGGAGUACAUCCUCGGAAUCCAAAUACGCCGCCUGGACGACGGUUCCAUUGCUCUAUCCCAGGAGCGCUACAUCAUGGACGUGCUGGCCCGUUUCCACUUCGACACCACGACACGCGGCACUACGGUGCCGAUGACGCCCGGCCUCUCGCUCACGGCAAUUCCGGGUCAGGGAACGGAGCGCAUUCGUUCGUGGUACCUACAGGCCAUCGGCUCCCUCCUCUACAUCUCCCUUGGCACUCGACCCGACAUUGCCUUCGCCGUCUCGUACCUGUCCCGGUUCGCCAACAACCCCGGCCGCCGCCAUUGGAUUGCCGUCAAACACGUCCUUCGCUACCUUCGCGCCACGUACCGCGAUGAGCUUCUCUAUGUGAAGAGUCCACUCUCAGCUCGACAGGGGCGCCUCGGUCGUUGCGCGCGCCUGCUAGCCUGGCCCCUGUGGUGGGGACUUAGGCGCGCGCGAGUGCCUCAGCGCGCCGGCGCCGGCGGUUUUCGGGCGCGCGCCGCUAGCCCGCCCUUGCAGUGGGGACUUAGCCGCGCGCGACUGCCUCAGCGCUCCAGCGAUUUCGCCCGCGCCUGGGCAUAUCCCAGCGCGGGCCACCUUUCCAUUUCUUAGCUUCCUUCUCAUCACUUCUGUUCGACUCUCGACUUCUCCUGACAGUAGUGGUGAUCAUCUCAUAGGUACGCUGAAAUAGAUCACUUCUGUUCGACUCUCGACUUCUCCUGACAGUAGUGGUGAUCAUCUCAUAGGUUAUAAGCCCAUCGAGCUACCGCUGGCAUGGACACGUCGUCAACCCUCGCGACGAGCGCCACCCCGACAAUUCCCGCCGAACAGCUUGCCGCACUUACAUCGCUGCUGUCGGGACUCACCGCUGCCGCUUCCGGCACUACCGCACCCGCCACGACAUCCGGCUCCAAUCGCAAUGCCUUCCCGAAGCAUGCGCGGUUGGACGGGCCGAAGACGUUCGCGAACUGGACACGCCAGCUUCGCCUGUGCCUAGCGGACGACAUCCGCUCCUACGUCCUCGACGGAAUCACCCCCGACGAUUGGACGCCUUCGCAACGCUCCGCCCGCGACGUCGUGGCACGCGAGAUCCUUGCAAACUCAAUCGACUCGGCCGAAGUCUCGGCAGUCCUCGACAAGAUCCCUACGGCCGACCUCACAGCGCCCAAGAUUUACUCGACGCUGAAAUCACGAUACGCCCCUGAUGACGCCACUCGCACGCUCGAGCUCUUCUCGCGACUCUGGGGCUUCCGACCCAUGCCCGGAACGGUUGGCGAAUUUGACAGUUGGAUCAUGGACUUCAAGUCGGUCGCGCAAGAGAUCAUCGAUACGAAAACGACGAUCAACGACGUCCUUGCCACACUCCUCCUCGCGAUCGCCCACCCGUCACUCGAGAGCUUCAAGGCAACGUUCACCGACGAACAACGCACGCAACGAACUCUCCCUGACAUCGAUUCAGUGGCCGACCGUAUGCGAGUUCAACUCCGGUCAACGAACCUCUCCAACGAUCAAUCGGCCCUCCUUGCCUCGUCGUCGCCACGUUCUACCCGUACCAAGUGCCUCGCCUGUCGCAGCCCUUCUCACCGCGUCGCACAAUGCCCUACAAGGGCCCAGCAUCCACCGCCAGGCCCGUGUCGCUCCUGCAAGAAGAAGGACCACUGGUCUUUCGUAUUCGAUCAACUCUACUACGUCAGCGAUGUAGUUAUAGCCAAGAGUGAUAAAUGCAUUUCAACAUACCUAUUCGAUCAACUCUACUACGUCAGCGAUGUAGUUAUAGCCAAGAGUGAUGAAUAG